CUCCCGUAUAAAUACUACACCCAGACUGCAGUCCAUGGCCAUCCCAACCCACUCACAGUCUCACGCUACUAUCGCUAUCUAGAGCUCCGGCCGUCACAGACACGAGCUAGAGCUAGAGCUGCAGGGAAGAAGAAGAAGGAGGAGGAGGAGAAGAUGAGGGCGUCCGCGCUGGUCUGCUUCGUGGCGGUGUCGGCGUGCAUAGCGUGCAUCGCGCAUGGCGGCAACUUCUACCAGGACACGGAGAUGACCUGGGGGCAGGGGCGCGGCAAGGUGGUGGACGGCGGGCGCGGGCUGGACCUGAGCCUGGACAGGGCCUCCGGGUCCGGGUUCCAGUCCAAGGACGAGUACCUGUUCGGCAAGAUCGAGAUGCAGAUGAAGCUGGUGCCUGGCAACUCGGCGGGCACCGUGACGACCUUGUACCUGUCGUCGCAGGGCGACGCGCACGACGAGAUCGACCUGGAGUUCCUGGGCAACGUGUCGGGCGAGCCCUACACGCUGCACACGAACGUGUUCACGCGCGGGCGGGGGCAGCGGGAGCAGCAGUUCCGCCUCUGGUUCGACCCCACCGCCGACUUCCACACCUACUCCGUGGUGUGGAACCCGCGGCACGUCAUCUUCGCGGUGGACGGCACGCCGGUGAGGGACUUCGCCAACCGCGAGGCCCGCGGGGUGGCGUUCCCGCGGACGCAGCCCAUGCGGGUGUACGCCAGCCUCUGGAACGCCGACGACUGGGCCACGCAGGGCGGCCGCGUCAAGGCGGACUGGGCGCGGGCGCCGUUCGUCGCCUCGUUCCGCGGGUUCAGCGCCGACGCCUGCGUCUGGUCCGGCGGCAGGUCGCAGUGCCCCGUCGGCACCAUGGAGGAGGCGGGAGGAGGCGGCGGCUGGUGGAACCAGCAGCUCAGCGACGCCAGCUACCGCCGCAUGCGCUGGGUGCAGAGGAAGUUCAUGAUCUACAACUACUGCACCGACGCCAAGCGGUUCCCGCAGGGCCGGGGCGUGCCCGCUGAAUGCAGGCUCCGGCGAUAAAGGUGGCUGGAUGAGCGAACGCGAAGCCACCUGCGUGCGUGCACGACGAUCGAUCCCCUCGUCGUCGUUCACUUCAGACCAGAGAUCGGUGGUCUGGCGAAUAAUGUUUGGGUUUUUUUUUUGCCAUGGGCGAUGGCAAUGUAAAUGUAGCACGUGACGCACGUCGCAGUGAUAUUCUUUCAUCUGUUUUCUGCAACACCGGAUGUGUACAAGUUUGGAGACGUAGCG